GCACUUGCUUUCAAUAGAGCCGCUCCUGCGCUCACCGGACUUGCCUUCCUUACCCCAACCUCUUCCAUCUCUUGCCCAUUGUUUACUCGCUCUAAAAAUCUGUCGAUCCAUUGUUUACCGUGUUAGAAUUUCUGAGUGGAAGGUCAUAUUAGUAAUCCGGCCUGCCUGUCACUUCGGUCUUUGCUCAUGAAGGUGAAUGGACCGAUGACGGUUGGUUGAUCGUGGUGAUGUGGCUUUGAGAAGCUAAGGUUUUGCGUAUAUGCUCAGAUUUGAGUGUCUUGGUUGUGUGUUCCGGAGAGUUUAGGACUGAGAUUGUUUUUCUUGGAUUUCUGUCGGCUACACGGGAGUGGUAUUCUUGAUUUUAGCUCGGAGAGAUGGAGAACCAGGUGCCUUCGGAGAACCAGAUUGGUGUCAGUGGGGCGCCUGCGGUUGGUAACCUCAAGCGUAGUUGUGUAACCUCUGCGCUGAGCCCCAAGGACCGGCACCAGGCGGUGGCGAAAUCGUUCGAAGCACCCACCCCUUUCCCGCCCAUUCGAAAGGGGCGCGGUUCGAAGAAAGCAAAUUCAAAGCCCAGAAUGGCUCCAAGUCCAGUUAGUGUUCCUCCCAAGUCCAGCCCUUUGAGUACCACAGAGAGGUAUAUGAGUCCAACCGAUUCCCUUGUAUCCCCGGUCACUAAAGGUGUGCUAGCUCGGAAUCGAAGACCUAUGCGUUUACUGAACCCCUGGGGUCCACCCAAGGCCCUUGAGAACACCUUCCAAGGAACGGUUCAAACAUUGAAACCAACCCUUCAGCAGCGUUGAAUUUUGGCGUCCGAGUGUUUCUUAACAACGCCAAACCAGGUUGGUUGAAGGACUUUCAAUUAGGUUCGACAGACUUGUCGACCGGAGCCCAGCCCGUUGCCAAAGCCUCCGUGAUGUGAAUAGAAGUAUUCUGAUGUUAACUUUUCAAGUGUAGAACUUUCAACGAAGGCUUUAGCAUCCCUUCAUAAGCUAUCAAUAUUCAAUUAGGGUAAUCUGAAUAUAUUACCUGUGAGACUGAAUCUUUUCCUUGGCCCUUUUCAAUCAGUAGCGAGCAAGUCGGGAAGUCGAUCGUCCACGUAGAAGUUGCUGAUCAUUGUGCUCUGUGUAACGUCUGAGUACAUGUAAAUUUUUGAGUUAACCAUUCAUCGCAUAUUUAACUUCUGUUGUAAGAAUGUUGAUGUAGCAAAGAUACUUGAUUUAUAACCUUUUUAUCA